CGUUCUUCGCCCAAAGCGCCUGACAGACAACCCUCAAAGCGGCUAAAAUGUGAAAACACCAGUCCAGUAAAAUCAGAACCAGAAGGAUUUGCGUGUGGAAGUGGAAACCUCGCUGCGCUGGGGGAAACGCCUGAGACAUCUGAUGGGGAUCAGCAUCCAGAAGAUCCAGGAGACAGCAAUAUAAUUCAACAGAAGAAGGGGGAAAACAUUCCAGAGGCUGAGGAAGAGGAACAGGAAAAGGAGCAGAGUGUUCCUCUCCAGCCACACGCAGUGAAAUCAAGCAUCGCUCCACCAAAAAUGGACAGUGGUGAAAAUCUUGGCUACAGCGAGGAGGAGAGCACCCGGGAGAGCAUGCUGUCAGAUGGCUCUGGCUUGGAGGACCUUGCAGAUCUCCCGAAGAAGCUGACACAAGCAGACCACAGCGCUUUCCUGGAUGAAGACAGCAACCAGCCGAUGCCGGUGCACCGGUUCUUCGGAGACGUUGAGUUUAUGCAGGACCUCCCAGCUUUUCCACUCCCAGGCACGGCGGCGAGCAGGCGAGAAUUCAGAAAGCUGCACUUCAUUGCAAAGGAAGAUGAGGAGGAGGAGGAAGAGGAUGCUGCCUAA